AUGCUUUUCAGAUGAAUACACUUUUCAUAUAUGUCUUCAAUCAAGAAUGUCCUUUAUUUUCAAACUGGACUUGGAGUACUAACCAAUAUGUUUCUGCUGACUUUCUAUAUCUUCAUAAUCCCAGGUCAUAGAUCAAAGCUCAUGGACCUGAUCUCAUGUCAAUUAACUUUCAUUCACAUAAUGAUGUUCCUCACUGCAGGGGAGAUUUGGCUUACAGAAUUAUUUGAGUCACUGAACAUGGAGAAUGACUUCAUAUGUAAAACAAUUUUUUACAUAAGCAGGGUGAUGAGAGGCCUCUCUAUCUGCACCACCUGCCUCCUGAGUGUGUUCCAGGCUGUCACCAUCAGCCCCAGUACCUCACUGUUGGCAAAAUUUAAACAUAAGCUGAAAAAAUACAUCAUCUAUGCUUUCUUCUAUAUAUGGUCUUUCAAUUUGUCCUUCAGCAGUAACCAGAUCUUCUCUGUUGGUGCUUAUACCAAUGUGAGUAAGAACAACCAGAUGAAGGUCACUAAAUACUGCUCAAACUUUCCCAUGAACAGCAUCAUCAGGGGAUUGAUUUUAACAGUGACAACUUUAAGAGACGUGUUUCUUGUAGGAGUCAUGUUAACCACAAGUGCGUACAUGGUGAUUUUCUUGUUCAGACAUCAGAGACAAUGCAAGCAUCUUCAUAGCAUCAGCCACCUGAGAGCAUCCCCUGAGAAAAGAGCCACCCAGACCAUCUUGCUCCUGGUGGUUUUCUUUGUGGUCACAUACUUGGCAGACUUCAUCAUCUCAUCCACUUCUAUCCUCUUAUGGAAGUACAACCCUGUUAUCCUGACUAUUCAGAAGUUUGUGAUGAAUGUCUAUCCCACAAUUACUCCUUUGGUACAAAUCAGUUCUGACAACAGAAUAAUCAAUGUGCUGAAAAACUUAUGGCCAAAAUGCCAACAGGCUUCUUAA